CGACGGCGGCAGCCUCGGCAGCGGCAGCGCCUCGGCGAGCCCAUAGCGGCGGCGGCGCGGAGCGGAGCGGACCCGCCUGGGAGCGGCGCGGCGGCGGAAGCGGGCGAGUUUUCAAAUCAGUGAAAACAUGGCUCACUCAAAGACGAGAGCCAAUGAUGGAAAAAUUACGUAUCCUCCAGGAGUCAAAGAAAUCUCUGAUAAAAUAUCUAAAGAAGAGAUGGUGAGGCGACUAAAGAUGGUUGUGAAAACCUUCAUGGAUAUGGACCAGGACUCUGAAGAAGAGAAGGAGCUGUAUCUAAACCUUGCUUUACAUCUUGCUUCAGAUUUUUUCCUCAAACAUCCUGAUAAAGAUGUGCGCUUGCUGGUGGCUUGUUGCCUUGCUGAUAUUUUCAGAAUAUAUGCUCCUGAAGCUCCAUAUACAUCACCAGAUAAACUGAAGGAUAUAUUUAUGUUUAUAACAAGGCAACUGAAAGGAUUAGAGGAUACAAAAAGUCCACAGUUCAACAGAUACUUUUAUUUACUUGAGAAUAUUGCAUGGGUCAAAUCUUAUAACAUAUGCUUUGAGUUGGAAGACAGCAAUGAAAUUUUCACACAGUUGUACAGAACACUAUUUUCAGUAAUAAACAAUGGUCAUAAUCAAAAAGUACAUAUGCACAUGGUUGAUCUCAUGAGCUCUAUCAUUUGUGAAGGAGAUACAGUAUCUCAAGAGCUUUUGGAUACAGUUCUAGUUAAUCUAGUGCCUGCACAUAAGAAUUUAAACAAGCAAGCAUAUGACUUGGCAAAGGCUUUACUAAAGAGGACGGCUCAAGCUAUUGAACCCUAUAUCACUAAUUUUUUUAAUCAGGUGCUUAUGCUUGGGAAAACUUCUAUCAGUGAUCUGUCAGAGCAUGUCUUUGACUUGAUUCUGGAGCUGUACAAUAUUGACAGUCAUCUCUUGCUUUCUGUUUUACCGCAGCUUGAAUUCAAACUUAAGAGCAAUGACAAUGAAGAACGCCUGCAGGUUGUAAAACUACUAGCAAAAAUGUUUGGGGCAAAGGAUUCAGAGUUGGCAUCUCAAAACAAACCACUUUGGCAGUGCUACUUGGGGAGGUUUAAUGAUAUCCAUGUGCCUAUCCGGCUUGAGUGUGUGAAAUUUGCUAGCCACUGCCUUAUGAACCAUCCAGAUCUAGCAAAAGAUUUAACAGAAUAUCUUAAAGUAAGGUCACAUGACCCAGAAGAAGCCAUUAGGCAUGAUGUUAUUGUGUCCAUAGUGACUGCUGCUAAAAAAGAUCUUUUGCUUGUCAAUGAUCAUCUACUUAAUUUUGUGAGAGAGAGGACGCUAGACAAACGGUGGAGAGUGAGAAAAGAAGCUAUGAUGGGACUUGCUCAAAUAUACAAGAAAUAUUCGUUGCAGUCAGAAGCAGGAAAAGAAGCUGCAAAACAGAUUUCAUGGAUCAAGGACAAACUGCUACAUAUAUAUUACCAAAACAGUAUUGAUGAUCGAUUGCUUGUUGAACGCAUCUUUGCGCAGUAUAUGGUCCCACACAAUUUGGAAACAAAUGAACGAAUGAAAUGUUUGUAUUACCUUUAUGCAACACUGGACUCAAAUGCUGUGAAAGCAUUGAAUGAAAUGUGGAAAUGUCAAAAUCUGCUACGACACCAGGUUAAGGACUUGGUUGACUUAAUUAAACAGCCCAAAACAGAUGCCAGCAGUAAAGCUAUAUUCUCAAAAGUGAUGGUCAUUACAAGGAAUCUGCCAGAUCCUGGCAAGGCUCAGGAUUUCAUGAAGAAGUUCACACAAGUUUUGGAAGAUGAUGAAAAAAUAAGAAGUCAGUUAGAAAUGCUUGUUAGCCCAACAUGUUCUUGCAAGCAAGCUGAAGGAUGUGUGCGAGAAAUUACAAAGAAGUUGGGCAACCCCAAACAACCUACAAAUCCUUUCUUGGAAAUGAUAAAAUUUCUUCUAGAGAGGAUAGCUCCCGUGCACAUUGAUACUGAAUCCAUCAGUGCCCUUAUCAAGCAAGUAAACAAGUCCAUAGAUGGAACAGCAGAUGAUGAAGAUGAGGGUGUUCCGACUGACCAAGCAAUCAGGGCAGGUCUUGAGUUGCUUAAGGUACUCUCGUUUACCCACCCUAUUUCAUUCCAUUCUGCUGAAACUUUUGAAUCCCUUCUGGCUUGCCUGAAAAUGGAUGAUGAAAAGGUGGCAGAAGCUGCGUUACAAAUUUUCAAAAACACAGGAAGUAAAAUUGAAGAAGACUUUCCUCACAUUAGAUCAGCGUUGCUUCCAGUCUUGCAUCAUAAAGCUAAAAAAGGGCCACCUCGUCAGGCCAAAUAUGCUAUUCACUGCAUUCAUGCAAUAUUUUCCAGCAAAGAAACACAGUUUGCACAGAUAUUUGAGCCACUGCAUAAGAGCCUUGAUCUGAGCAACUUUGAACAUCUCAUUACGCCAUUGGUUACCAUUGGCCAUAUAGCCUUGCUUGCACCUGAUCAAUUUGCUGCUCCUUUAAAAUCUUUGGUAGCUACCUUCAUUGUUAAGGACUUGCUAAUGAAUGACCGGCUUCCAGGCAAAAAGACAACUAAACUUUGGGUUCCAGAUGAAGAAGUGUCUCCUGAGACGCUUGUUAAGAUCCAGGCGAUUAAAAUGAUGGUUCGAUGGUUACUGGGAAUGAAGAACAACCAUAGUAAAUCAGGAACCUCUACUCUGAGAUUGUUAACAACAAUAUUGCACAGUGAUGGAGACUUGACAGAACAAGGAAAAAUUAGUAAACCUGACAUGUCACGCUUGAGGCUGGCUGCUGGUAGUGCUAUUGUGAAACUGGCCCAGGAACCCUGUUACCAUGAAAUCAUCACAUUAGAACAAUACCAACUGUGUGCAUUAGCCAUAAAUGAUGAGUGUUAUCAAGUGAGACAGAUAUUUGCUCAGAAGCUCCACAAAGGUCUUUCCAGACUACGAUUACCACUUGAAUAUAUGGCCAUUUGUGCACUGUGUGCAAAAGAUCCAGUGAAGGAAAGGAGAGCUCAUGCUCGGCAGUGCCUUGUAAAAAACAUAAAUGUGAGACGGGAGUAUCUGAAGCAGCAUGCAGCAGUUAGCGAAAAACUGUUGUCACUUCUGCCAGAGUAUGUUGUUCCUUAUACUAUCCACCUGCUGGCACAUGACCCAGAUUAUGUCAAAGUCCAGGAUAUCGAACAACUUAAGGAUAUUAAAGAAUGCCUGUGGUUCAUACUGGAAAUAUUGAUGGCUAAAAAUGAGAAUAAUAGUCAUGCAUUUAUCAGAAAAAUGGUGGAAAACAUUAAACAGACAAAAGAUGCUCAAGGACCAGAUGAUCCCAAAAUGAAUGAAAAACUCUACACAGUUUGUGAUGUAGCAAUGAAUAUCAUUAUGUCAAAAAGUACAACAUACAGUUUGGAAUCCCCUAAAGAUCCUGUUCUUCCAGCCCGAUAUUUCACUCAGCCUGACAAGAAUUUCAGUAACACGAAAAAUUAUCUUCCUCCAGAAAUGAAAUCUUUUUUCACUCCUGGAAAGCCCAAAGCAGCCAAUGUUCUUGGAGCAGUUAAUAAGCCUCUUUCAUCAGCAGGCAAGCAAUCUCAAUCCAAAUCUUCACGAAUGGAAACUAUAAGCAAUGCUAGCAGCAGUUCAAAUCCAAGCUCUCCAGGAAGGAUCAAAGGGAGGCUUGACAGUACUGAAAUGGACCACAGUGAAAAUGAAGAUUUCACAAUGGCAUCACCCUUACCUGGAAAGAAAAAUGACAAGAGGGACGACUCUGACCUUGUAAGGUCAGAGAUAGAGAAGCCCAGAGGUAGAAAGAAAACAGCCCUCACUGACUCAGAAGAAAAGUUGGGUUUAGAUGAUCUGAGUAAAUUGGGUCAAGAACAGAAACUCAGAGGUAGUCAGCGGGGGAGGAAGAGAACUGCAGUUGUUACCGAGUCUGAUGAACCACAGUGGCAAGAGGAAAAGAGGCUAAAGGAAGAUGUUUUAGAAAGUGAAGAUGAACAAAACAGUCCACCAAAGAAAGGAAGAAGAGGGCGGCCUCCUAAAACAACAGGUGGGAGUACGCCAAAGGAAGAACCAGUAGCAAAGUCAUCUAAAAGGGGAAGAAAAAAAGCAGCACCAACAGCGGAGGAGGAGGAGGAGGAAGAGGAAGAAAGGCAAAGUGAAAACAUGGAACAGAAGCCAAAAGGCAGACAAAACAGGGCACCAAAAAGAACACAACAGAGAGCAGAAACAUCUGAAACUAGUACAGUUGAAUCUGCCCAGUCUACACCACAGAAAAGACGAGGGAGGCCACCAAAAACACCACCAUCGCAGCAAAAAAAAGCCCGUACUGGACGCUCCAAACAAGCAGCAAGUAAAGAGAAUGAAUCUAGUGAAGAGAUGGAUGUAUUUCAGAGUAGUUCUCCUGUCAGUGAUGACAUUCCCCAGGAAGAAGUAAUGGAGGAAGAGGAAACUUCCACUAUCAGUGUGCGUCGUAGAACUUCCAAAAGGGAAAGGCGAUGAGGAAGCGUAUAGUUGACAGCCUUCCAGGUGAAAGUUUUGAAGAACGCUCUUAAUAUAAAGCUUGAGGCUGAAUGAAGCUGUCAGUGCACAGAAUGGGGUUGCUGAAGAAAAACAAAACUUUCUUUACAUUUACUACCCCCUGCAUUUGCAGUCCCUAGGUCACAAGCUUUAGCCACACACAUGUUGAUAUCAUUAACUGUGGAUUUUUGUGACGUGUAAUGUGCGCUGGCUUUGUAGACAUAUGAACUAAAGAAGAAACCUGUAAAUAGCCCUUUUUUUAAUGUUUCUGACUUCUAAAGUGCUUGUAUAGCUUUUAUCUGCGGCUUUAAACUGACAGUGCCCAACUCUUUGUUGGAUCUGUUGAUUUAAAAAAAGAAAAGAUUUGUUAAAAUGGAUCUCAAGCAAUAUCUGUCAGUGUUCGUAUUUGUACUCUCCUUGGCAUUUAACUGUGAAAAACAAAAUCAGCUGAACAAAUAGCAUUUUAUUUUGCCACUAUUUGUUGGAAAGAAAAAGAAAACAGAUUGUCCUUGUUUCCUUAUGUAUCUAAUCUAGCGUUUACUUCUAGGCACCCACCUGUUGUCAGAGGUGCUAACUUGCUUUCUUUUACAGUUGAACAAUGUUGCAUAGAAUAAUACAACAGAUGCAGAUUGUGAAAUAAAUUGUUGACUCAUUUUACACCUCAGUAUUGAUGCCAGACUUCCUGGACUUCUAGUGGCAUUGAAAAUUCAAAAAGGGUUUAAAAUAUUUUAAUUUGAAAAGUGUGUUAUUAAAUAAUGUACUGAAUGCCCUACCCAUUUUAUCUUCACCUUUCAGUUUUUAUUAAUCUACUGUAUCAAUAAAAUUCUGUAACUGAAUAAGUUUUUAAUAGUCUAGUAUGUUAAUGUGUAUAGAUAUUUCCUCCUGAACAUUAUGUUCACAGAGCAAAUUAUUACUACAUUAUAAUAUGAAAUCUGAUAUAUAAACAUUAGUGAAAAUACAGUUCUUAUUACAAUGUAAAGUUAAUCACAAAGAAAUAAUUUUAUUGAUGCAGUGUGUCUUUAUAAAGCUGUUCUUGAGAGCCAAGUGUUUUGUAUUUUAUAGUGAAGUUGCAUGUUUAUGAAAAAUGUGCUGACAAUGGGAUGUAAUGUUUUUUUUUGAAACUCGUAUAUAGCAGUAGUAUAUGGUAGGUUGUCUCACGAGAGAAUCUUCUACUGAGAGUUUAUUGUACUUAUUUUUUUUUUUUUUUUUUUUGUGAGCCAAAUUUUAUUUGGUAUGAAGAGCUAAGUUUUAAUUGAAUGGCCAGCUGUAGACCAUUGCAGUCAAGGUUUUCUAGAUUUGAAUGAAGCUCCACUUUUAUUUCGUUCUACCUUUAGAGAGGUUGGAUUUUUUGUUCUGGUAUAAUCUGCAAAAGUAGAAACAGAAUUCUUAAGGCAGUAUCCUAUAUGCAGUUUUACGAACUGUAUCUUUGAACCAAAAUGUAUAGGUUUCUACUUUAUGCUUAGCCAAGCACAUGUUUAUAAUUUCAGGUGCUGUUCUCCUUCUGAUUCCUUGCAGUUGACAACGUGAAAAAAUCACUUUCUAACUUAUUAAAUUUUUAUCUCAUUGAAUAAUGGAGCAUUUUCAUAUAAUCCAUCAAAUAAUAUGUUCUUAAGUUAUAUUUGCAAAGAUAGAAUAUAAAGAAUAGGAAAAGGAAAGUGGUGUAGGAACAUGAACAUACCAGUUUCCAAACUAUAUUUAUCAUAAGGAAUUUUACUUUUUUCUUUAGACUUUUUUAUUUUGAAAUAUUCUUACUUAUUGAUGGAAAACUUUAUUUUUAAAAACCUAUAUUAUUCUUCCUUUGCUCAAAAUCUUUCCCCAGUAUUCAGCUGUUCUACAUUCAUACCCAUGGUUAUGGGGGAAAUGCUGCCUAAAAGGACAGUUACAGUUGGUUGAAGUGACUUUUACUAGCACAACUAACCUAAAUGGCUUACUUACACUUCAGCAGUGCAAAUGCAAGUUUUUUAUCCUAUAAAAUAAAGAUUGAAAGUUAGCUUUAUAUUUUCUUCAUUGACAGAAUUGCACUGAAAACAUUUAUUGAAGAUAGAUAUCUUAGUCCAUUUUAUACAAAAUAUGAAAAAUUGAUGUUGAAACUGCUGCAGACUAUUGGUUUUAUGUGCAUAAACAUGGUUAGGUUAAGUAUCAUUUAAUAUUAAUGAACAUCAACUGAUCAUAAAAUGUUUAAUGCAAAUUGAAACUAUAGUUUUGCAAUUUAAAUGUUAAUUUCUUGAGCUAUAAUGUGUAAUUCAUUAUUUCUUGGGAAAACAGGCACAGCAGAUAUUUCAUUCUGAUAUUCCAAACUCUUCUAGGUUCAUCCUCAUCUCCUUAUGUAAGGAAAAUGAAUUUUAUGUACUAACAUUUGAGGUCUGCACAUAGCUACAGUAGAGUAAAAUAAUUAUGUAUAAAAAGAUAAAGUGCUAACAUUCAGUUAGCAUGCUCUUCUGCAAUGAUGAUGUUAAGUUUAUAAAAAUGUACUGUAUUACAUUAAAAAAAUCAAACUGAACUCAGUGUAA